UGUUGAUUAAUGAAAUUCACACUAGUCAUGAUAUUUAUGUUUUUUAAUUUUAUCAACGAUUCAUGUUAAAAUCGCGCUUAACCUAUAAAUGUAUUGAGUAACAUGGCUACUUGGAUAUCCGUAACACCGCGGCUUGAACGUGGCCUAAAAAUAGCAAAUCAAAUAGAUAACAGUAAAUUUCGAUUACUCAUAAAUCGUAUUUGUCAAACACUACAGUCUAACGUAAAUCCGAAAAUAUUCAGUGAAGAAGAGGAAGAAAAGUUAUUGAUUUCUCUGGACUUAAAUAAGGAUGAUUUAGUUUCACUUUUAGAUGCAAUAAUAUCAAUUUAUAAGCAAGCAGCAUGCAACAUAGUAAAAUCACAAACUUUGGAAAACACUUUAAAGGAUACCUUUAAAACCAAUGAAGAUAAAGUUCAAAUAUUUCUGAAUGCAUGGAUUACUUAUGGCAAAUGCAUAAUUGAUAACUUUAGACAGCAGUCUAUAUUUCCUGUUCAGGUUAAAGAUAUUGAUUGGUGUCUAAAUAUUCAAGCUGCAUCUUCCACUAUUAAAAAGGAUGUGCGUCCAAUGACAUUGUUGCAACUGAAUUUAACAGGAGAACAAGAAUCUAAAUUAACUGUUGAAUUUGAUAAAAAAGAACUAACAGAGUUGUAUCAGAAUUUGGAAAAGUUGCAAUCUCAAUUAGAUGCUCUUAAAUAGGCCUUGAAUAGUUAGCAUUAUUUAUAAUUGUCACUAAACUUUGUAUAUUACAAAUAAAUAUA